GUAUACCUGCACGUUAAGUAUUCAGUAUGAAAAGAACAGGUAAAUGGAUCACAGCUCGAUCUUGCCUUUCUCAUGUUUCUCUCAUCGAUAAACGUAAGGCCUUUAAACUUUUUAAAUGCAAAGGACCUUAUCAGCCCUGACAAAACCAAACAACACAGCGAUGUUGCAAUUGUCCCAAAAUGGCGAAUUUCUUUACUCCGUGCACUGGCAGUAUAAAACGGAGAUAUUGACGUGAAGAUAAACUGUUUAUAACAUCUUCCAGAAGCUAAAGUUUGGUCCAAUUUAUGACCAUGACUCUAUUCCCAGUGUCUUUCAAGAGGAAAACUCGGAAAUACGCAACGUGUCUCACCUACAGUGCAGUGGUGUUUACAAUUGUUCUAGUUUUAUUGAAAUUAUGUAAAGCAAUUUUCACAAGCAGCAAUAACGAUGCUGAUAUUAUCCUUAAUAGAAAGGUUGAACCCUUCGGUUCUGUGUCACCACUUAGCUGUUCAAAAAACGGAUCAUCUUUAUUUCUCUUCAUAUCUGUUCCUAGUGCCAUUAACAAUUUCAAGGAAAGGGUAGUCAUACGAAAAGCAUGGGGAAGUGUAGCUAAAUCAGAUCCUUCUCUUAAAUUGGUUUUCUUCGUUGGAGCAUCGGACAACCAAAAAAUUAAUCACAUAGUGACGAAGGAAAAUGAAAUUUAUAAUGACGUAAUAAGAGUGAACGUCAAAGAGAUGUACGAAAAUUUAGCAAAGAAGUCCAUUAGCAUUCUACAAUGGAUACAUGUGAAUUGUAAUCGCGCUAAAUAUUAUAUAAAAGUGGACGAUGACAUAUUCUUAAAUGUUAGGAAUCUAAUUGAUGAUCUCAAACGUAUGAAACCGAGCAAUUCCAUUAUGGGAUGUAAAGUGACUAAUACGUCGCCAUUUAGAUUUCCGUUAUCAAAGUGGUAUAUCUCACGGAAACAAUACAGCCCCGAUACAUUUCCAGAUUACAUCAGUGGACCAGCAUACGUCAUAACCGGUGAUAUUAUUUCUAAACUUUAUCUUGCUACAAAUGUUGUGGAACGAAUUUUCUUGGAAGAUGUGUAUGUGAAUGGAAUAUGCAGACAAUACAUCAAUGCUGAUGCCUUCGCUCACCCGGGCUUUACUUGUGGCUAUAGAGACGAUGGGCCGUGUGGAGCACACUUUAGACACAAAAUCACGGGGCAUCAUUAUUACCCUGAGGAAAUCGAGAGAAUGUGGAAUGAGUUAAAUGAUAGAUGGUACACGUGUCCGUUGAAGCACUCGUUUUUGGUUUCAAAAAUUGUAGAUACAUUGAACUUUUUUAUUUGAUAACCUCGCAAUUUUCAAUACACACAAAGUUACCUGU